CCUCCUCUCUCUCUCUCUCUCUCUCUCUCUCUCUCUCUGAUCCUUCAGGCUGAGUUUAUUUACUCCGCGCGGACCUGCAGCGAUGGCGCUGAGCGCGCGAUAGAGACACGCGCACAAACAAGCAGCAGAGAGACUACAGCGGAGGAGUGAGACAGUGAGAGUGUGAGAGUGACUGAGAGUGUUCGUUUGGACCCUGAAGAUGAAGUUCGCAGAGCACCUCUCAGCCCACAUCACCCCGGAGUGGAGGAAACAGUACAUCCAGUAUGAGGCGUUUAAAGAGAUGCUGUAUGCAGCGCAGGACCAGGCGCCCUCCGUAGAAGUGACGGACGAGGACACGGUGAAGCGAUAUUACGCCAAAUUCGAGGAGAAGUUUUUUCAGACCUGUGAGAAGGAGCUGUCCAAAAUCAACACCUUCUACUCAGAAAAGCUAGCGGAGGCCCAGCGGCGGUUUGCCACUCUGCAGAAUGAGCUGCAGUCGUCACUGGACGCUCAGCGGGAGAGUAACGCUCCGGGCCUGAGGAACCGCAGGAAAACGGUCUUCCCCCUGACCCACGAGGAGCGCAACAAGCACCGAAACAUCAAAGACCUGAAACUGGCCUUCAGCGAAUUCUACCUCAGCCUCAUCCUACUGCAGAACUACCAGAAUCUGAACUUCACUGGUUUCCGGAAGAUUCUGAAGAAGCAUGAUAAGAUCCUGGAGACGUCGCGUGGGGCGGACUGGCGCGUGGCUCAUGUGGAGGUGGCUCCGUUCUACACCUGCAAGAAGAUCACACAGCUCAUCUCAGAGACUGAGACGCUGGUGACGACGGAGCUGGAGGGGGGCGAUCGGCAGCGAGCCAUGAAGAGGCUGAGGGUCCCUCCAUUAGGAGCCGCACAGCCUGCUCCUGCAUGGACGACGUUCAGAGUGGGGCUGUACUGUGGGGUCUUCAUCGUCCUGACCGUAGCCUUCGUCCUCACAGGUGCUGUUUUCUUCCAUGAUAAGAACAUCUGGCCGAUGGUGCGGAUGUAUCGCGGCAGCUUCCUGCUCAUCCAGUUCCUCUUUCUGUUGGGCAUUAACACGUACGGCUGGAGGCAGGCGGGGGUCAACCACGUCCUCAUCUUCGAGCUGAAUCCCCGCAGCAACCUGUCCCACCAACACCUGUUCGAGAUUGCAGGCUUUCUGGGAGUUCUGUGGUGUAUCAGUAUAUUAUCGUGUCUGUAUGCUGGCUCCACUGGGCUGCCCAUGCAGGCGAACCCACUGAUCCUGUACGGCCUCAUGCUGCUGUUCCUCAUUAACCCUUUCAAAACCGCGUACUACAAAUCACGCUUCUGGCUACUCAAACUGCUGUUCCGCGUGUUCACGGCUCCGUUCCACCGGGUUGAAUUUGCGGAUUUCUGGCUGGCGGAUCAGCUGAACUCUCUGGUGAUCGUGCUGAUGGAUCUGGAGUAUCUGGUGUGUUUCUACAGCAUGGAGCUGCAGUGGACUGAAGUGGACGGACUGCUGCCCCACAGCACAGGUGAUGGGAAAUGCCACAGUUACUCUUACGGACUGCGCGCCAUCAUCCAGUGUUUACCUGCCUGGCUCCGAUUCGUACAGUGUCUCAGACGCUACCGAGACACCAAAAGAGCCUUUCCACACCUGGUGAAUGCUGGGAAAUAUUCCACGACUUUCUUUGUGGUGGCGUUCGCAGCCCUCUACAGUACGCACAGAGAUCAGGACGACGCCGAUGCCGAGGCCUUUUUCUACCUGCUGAUCUUGUUCUCCACCGUCAGCUCUCUGUACACGCUGAUCUGGGAUCUGAAGAUGGACUGGGGUUUAUUCGACCGGAACGCCGGAGAGCACACCUUCCUCCGCGAGGAGAUCGUCUACCCGCAGAAGGCGUAUUACUACUGCGCCAUCGUGGAGGACGUGAUCCUGCGCUUCGCCUGGACGCUGCAGAUCGCACUGACCACCAUGACCAACAUCCCCUCCAUCGCUGACAUACUGGCCACCGUCCUCGCUCCACUGGAGGUCUUCAGGCGAUUCGUGUGGAACUUCUUCCGUCUGGAGAACGAGCACCUGAAUAACUGUGGUGAGUUCCGGGCGGUGAGGGAUAUCUCCGUAGCUCCGCUGAACGCAGACGACCAGACGCUGCUGGAGCAGAUGAUGGACCAGGAGGACGGAGUGAGACACCGCCAGGGCAAGAAGAGCUGGAAGAGGAGCUACAGCCUGUCGCUGCGACGGCCGCUGCUGUCCUCACAGUCUAAGAAGGACACCAAGGUGCUGAUCGAGGACACAGACGACGAAGCCUUCAGUUAAAGGAAUAGAUUGACCAGACAUGCUAACGCGGCUAACAGUGAAUGGAAGGUAGUGGGAGCCAGUUAGCAUGAUGACAUUAGCAUCGUGCAAAUUGUUGCCCACUCGGUUUCAUUCAUUUUUAGCAGAAUUAGCAUUUUUGGAAUGAACUAUUCCUUCAUACCCAGAGCAGACGGUCCACCUCCCACCCGCAUCAUCACGGAGCUGCCUCAGCAUCACACCCAACCACGCACACACACACACAUACACACACACAUUCACAGACACACACACACACACACACACACACACACACAUACAGAGCCGAGAAAGGAGCACAAUCAGCACUAAGACAACAUAUGCUGACAUGUACACACACAUAAAUACACACACAAACACACACAAACACACAAACACAAUGUAAUUUUUAGAUUUUUUAAUUUAACUUUUUAGAAUUUUUUUAAUUUCUCAAUGGUAAGACGUUUUGGUUUGUACAUUGGUUUUUUAAAGGAUUUAUUAACACAUAAAAAUAACAAUAUGACUGUUUACAAACACAUAAUAACCAAAAUCUACAGGGAAAAAGCGUCAUUACAUCAGAAAAUCAAAGACUAACCUUCCACUAAUAAAACGCUUAGCAUGGACUUCGGCAAUGGACUAUUUACCACAACUAGCAAACAGCAGCUUACAGCGCGUUAUAGUUGUUUUUUGUUUUGUUUCUUUUUUCUAUUCAUGCUUUUUUGUAAUUUUUUCUGAUUGAGUUCUGAUGUACAGCCCUCCGAGCACUUGCAGGAAAAGUGCAUCGGUUCAAAGAGAAGAAACAACAGCCCCAAACAUGUGGGAUGAAAUCUGAAUCAUGCAAAGCUGGUUUUAUCUCCAGUUCCACACUGUAAUAAUUUCAUAGAUGUCUUAUUUAUUUGUGCGGAGAGAUGUGUGUGAUUGUUUAUUUUAUUUCCACGAGCAGCUGAGGUUAAACUUUUGCUUUUUUUUUAAAUCUGACACUCAACUGUCCUCAAUUGGUGGUUACACUUCCCUGACCUACACUACAGGCCAAAAGUCUGGAAGCAAGCAGUGAUUUUUAUUUAAUUUUUAAAAAUAUUUUACUAAGCUAACAAAUACAUAUUUGCUGUCCUUUAGUUUAGCCAAAGCAGUUUGUUCCAGAAUUUUCCACUUGGGUUGCAGCGCCGGACUCUUAAAGGCAUAGUCGCGCUCGCGUGGCUGAUUUUCAGGGGCAAAAUUACAUUGACUUCAAUGGAAUUUGCCAAGAUAAACAUCACAGACUUCCAGGGCCAAAAAUCCCAUGUGCAAAAAAACUUGUUCUGCUUAAGCACUGUUGAAAUUGAAAUUGAAAAUUGUUCUUUCAUGUUCAUUUAACAGAAUUAGUGCUUCCAAAUGGUCUGUCGUGUGUUUAGGAUGAACUGCUGCUGAAUAUUUAGUUGUCAUUAAUUUUUUAAACAGUUUUUGCUGCAAUAUUCAGCCAUAUUUCCACCCUGAGAGGACGAGUGGGCCGCUCAGUUAAUUUCUGUGCCAA